CCAAAGCGGCGAUUUCCUAUUGUAAUUUGUAAGUCAGGAGAGUAAGGUAAUGCAGAAAGUGAUGCCUAUUAAUUGUAACAAGAAAAUAUAAUUUUUCGUGAUGGCAAAGCUAAAGCAAGAAACAGGAGAACGGGUCAACUAAAAACUGAUAAGUUAAACGAAAAGGCUCUGGAAGGGGGACUCAAUUCUAAAGGCUGGAGUGGGCUGGUCCUCUCAGGAGUUGUCGUUGUUGUUGGUUUGUUGACAGUAUCAGGGAUUCUGAUACGUAAUAAUUUUCAAGUUGUCGAUUUGCAGGAACACAAUCGACAGAGCAGUGAUGAUCAAAAUAUUGAAAAUGAAAACAUAAACUCAACAAUCAAAAUGAAAGCCCGUUGCAUGAAAAGGAAAAAGGACAUGAUGCUGGCACAUCUGCCACCAAAUCUAAAACUGAUUUCAAAAAGGAACUUUUCACAUCAAGCAUUGCAAAUACACUGAGACCAGUUUCCAUGGAUUUUAUGGGUAGGAAAAUACAGUUCAAGGAGGUUACUCACAAAAACAAACAAAGCAGUGUUCAUGUUUAUGUUGCUGAUAACUUUUUAUCACCAAGGGAGUGUGAUGGCUUAACUGCAGCUCAUUUUCGUCAUGUUCAAGAGACUGCUAGACAGACUCCCAUCUUUUGCUUUGCUGGAGUUGAUACAAUGAACAAGCAUUUGCAUGAUGUUGGUUUUCAUUACAAUGGAGGAUUUUCAGAUUUUACAUUAGGAACAACAUGUGUGAAUGAGACCUUCUCCAAAGUCUUAUCAUCAAAAUUUCGUUACAGUUUCAGUACAGCAUUUUACAGGGGUGACAGCAAAUUUUCACUUGCUUUUGAAGAUCAAAUUGAAAAGGCUACUGGAUUGGCUAAAAUGCAUGGUGGAAAAUUCCAGAUAACUUCAUAUCAAAGUGGCAUAGGAUACAAAAAUCACACUGAUUGUACUGAAAGUGACGAGCUUAGAGAUCGCUUCGCAACAGCUUUGGUUUAUCUGCAAGAUGUUAAACAAGGUGGCGAAACAAAGUUCCCGAAGCUUGGUAUAAGCAUUAAACCGAAGAAGGGCCGACUUUUAGUCUGGAAUAAUAUGAGAUCCGACGGAUUUUGCGACCCAACCUCAAUUCAUAACGCUGCCAAAGUUGAAAUUGGACAUAAAGUCAUAUUACAGAGAUGGUAUUACUACCAGUCGUUCCCAUCACUUGGCAAAUCACCUCCUGAGCCCCAGUUGCCAAAACGAACAAAAUACCAGCCAAGGGUGUCCUGUGAUGAGUACGAACAAGGGAGCUGUCGCUGGUAUGACGAAUGGGGAUAUGACCAUCUUAUUGACUAUAAUAUGAUGCAACAUAAUCUCAAAUGAUGUAGGCUGUAAUACUUUGCAACAACUUGAAACAUCAGAGUAAUUUGGAAAUUAUUUUUACUUGAGAUUUGGCAGAAAAAAAUUAUUUUGAUAUGUACAGUCAACUCUGUGGUGUACAGUCCAUUUGGUACGGGGGAUCGUGAAGAUGUUCGAACGAAGAACAGUUCAAAUUAUGGAAGUUCUUUUUAUUGGGGAUAUUGUUAGGAUUUUUUCAAGGGGCCUAAAUAUUUUGUUCCAAUUAGUGAAACUUCGAAUUACAAGAGCUCGAGUAAGACAGAGUCGAUUGUAGUUUGAUUAUUGGCGAUUUUAUUGAUUUAACUCGGCAGAAACUAUUAUAUUUUAUAGACUGCAACAUUCAAGUAAUAUAUGCACGUUUUCCGAGCUUUGUAUGAGUUAGUAUCUUCAAACAUAUUGAAAGCUUUCCUUGAAGUGAGUGUACUGAGUUCGAUCUUUGGUUGCUUAAGUAGCAAACAGGUUUGAAGAACAGAGGCAGUGCGGAUAUGGUUGUCGACAAAAGUUUCACUUAUUCGAUGUGACCUACAAGCCUGGUUGUUGUGUUUUCUUUUUGCUAGGUAGCCAAGACAAUAUAUGAUAUCUUUCUAUGAUAUUAUUGUUUUCUGAUGAUCGCUGUGUAGCGUGCAGCUUCGAGUAACAACGAUGAACGUGGAAUGUCUGUUUGUCUCAUUCUUUUUAUGUUAUCAUUCGAUUUGCAGAUGACACGAAAUAGCGCAAACAUGGCAUACUGAACCCCAUUCGUCCGACACUAUUCAGAGUGUGAACUUUGGAUAAUGGCCGAAAUAAAGCAGAAAAUCAGAUAACAACAGCAGUUUUUUCAUGUUUAUGUAGAUAGAUUCCAAAACUGCUAGAUGAAACGAUGAUCGGGCUCUGCCAAUAAAUCCGUAACAUGGCGCCAUUUUAGUUUUUGCCAAAUCUGAUUUUAUCCAGUAAAUACUGCCCGAUAGCAGAAUCGCAUGUUUUAGCUAUAUCUGCAGAUGUAAAACUACAGCAUGACUACAGCGAAAACAUGCGAUUCUGCUAUCGGGCAUCAGCAAACCCAGUUUGUGCAAAAUGGUGCGUGUUUCCGAUUAUUAGUAGUGCCCGAUCGUCGUGCCAUCUAGCAGUUUUGGAAUGUAUUACAUAAACAUGAAGAAACCGCUGUUGUGUAGACAGACAAAUUCGUUUUCACCUUAGCAGUCCAUUGCUAACAUUUUCUAUAGGCAAGCGGCACUGAUUGGACAACCUCGAAAGUUAUGUGCUCGCGUUUCUGAUUGACCUAUUUCGAUCCAUAACUGGGUAUAUAUAUUUACUAGCGUACUGUUUUGAUCUAUGUUCUGACCUUUUAUACUCUGAAGAGUGUCAGACAAAAAGCUAUAGUAUGGCUCAAAAUGUUUGUUUUUUUCAAAGCCAUUUUAAAUUUUCUAGCACUAAUAGAUUGUUUGCAUAGAACGCAAAAAUAAUUUAUUCAUCGAAAUAUCCAUGUUCUUGCUAAGAUUUUAAUUUGUGAAUAAAAAGUCUUGGUAAAUUGGUAAAAAUUAUGUACUCAUUACUGCAACUUUCCAUUAGAAGCUCGGAAAUAAUUUGUUAUUUCGAAUAACUUUUUUCGAAUUUGGUUUCAAAGUCUCCUAUGGAGCCUAAUCUUUUAUCCAGGGCUAAAGCAAAGGUUGUGAUAUGUUGAUUCUCGGUGAGAUUUGUUUAACAGAUCAUGAUUUUGAUGAACAUAAUAGAAAGUUGCCUUUGCUUUUUUGUUAUCUUGUUUCAUUAAAACUGCAACUGCCGGUGAAUAUCAUUGGUUCUUAUCACUUUACUUUCGUCAAAAAAGCUUUGAACUUUUUUUAACUUGGAUGCACCAUUCUAUAUUGUCUUGAUUCAAACGCUUUUGGACCAUUUCAUUUUACUUUGGCGACGAGUUUUUAAAGUUUUACUGUCACUGCAUAGGGAAAAUAUAGGCGGUAGUAUAAAGAACUAAAGUUAAAAGGUUACCAAUACUGUCUCAAUCCCGAAUUAAGAGACUUCUAAAAGGUUGUUUGACCUCAUAAAAAGCGAAGAGACGAGAAGUAAAAUUAAUGUAUAAAUUAAGUAUGCCGUUUCUGUUCCGAUCAAUUCUUGUGUCAUCUCUUUGUUUUUGUUAUUGUCAAGUAUUUGCUUCUGCACGUUAGUGAAAACAACACAUAACAUUGAAGAACGUUUCAUCUUGCGUUUGUUUAUAAACUACGAUCUUUAACAGCCAUGCCUAGUUUUUCAAAUAAUACUCUUUGCAAUUCAAAUCCUUUCGUAUCGGUAUUGGCACAUUUUCGAUUCGGGGAAAAGUAUUGUGUUAUCAUGCGGUUGGUUGUUAAUAUUAUGAUUUUUAACUAUUAUGCCUUGCAUUCCUUCUAAUCUUCGCAGUAGAUUCGCUAUAUACAAGUUUAAUACGUCAGUUGAGAACAAACAUCUCACUA